AUGUCCUGCUCCAGCCUGUGCGUCCCCUCCUGUGGGGUGGCCGCCCCAUGCCCCCUGGCUGACACCACCAACGAGCCCUGUGUGCGUCAGUGCCAGAGCUCCUCGGUGGUGAUCCAGCCCCCAGCCACGGUGGUCACCUUCCCCGGACCCAUCCUCAGCUCCUUCCCGCAGCAAAGCGCUGUGGGCUCAGCUGGAGUCCCUGCCAUUGCUGGGGGCUCCGGUGGCAGUUAUGGAGGCCAUGGUGGUUAUGGAGGCUCUGGUGGCUACGGAGGCCUUGGUGGCUAUGGGGGCUAUGGAGGCUACGGUAGCUGUGGAGGAUAUGGCGGCUGGGGCCGAGGCCUCAUGUCCUUUGGUGCCAGCUGUGGGAUCUGCUAAGCCCCACCUGCCUCCUGCUACAGAUGACAGAGUUCUCCAAGAAAGCCACUUGCACUUCCCAACUGAUGAUGCCCAAAGAAAAACAUCCUUUCAGCACUGCUGGGUUCCAGAGGUUGGGGGCCUGGUACUUGUUGAUGGCCAACUCUAAGUAUUUUAUGCCCCAAUUCGGUAUCUCUUUAGGGCAUGCUGCCUAUGACAAUGCAGCCCCAUGAUGGGUGCCUGCUCCUGCAGCAUGCCUAAUGCUCUUUGCGGCUCUGCCCAUUGCCUGGAGACGCAGGCUUCUCUUGGUCGGGGUUCUGCACUUCUCCAAGCUCCUUCCCUUCUCAAACUGCAAUAAAAGCUGUGUUGCAUCCCAUUGUUCUCCCUCGAUUUUAUUCUAUUGCCUCCACAUGCAAUACCCCAGGUAGCAGCAUGGGUUCUCCUGUGUUUUCAAGAGAGCUCC